GGGCCGGGAGCCGCGCGCGGUGGGGCUCGCUCGGCGUCUUCCUAGCCCUGAGGCACGUGACGUUCGCUUCGGGCCGAUCCGCUGCAGCAUCCGAGGUGCUGGGCGUGGGGCGAGGGGGUGGGAAGUGGCGCCGGCGCCGGCCGCGAAGCACGAGCCCUGAAGAAAGAUUGUUAAGCUUUUGAGAAAUAUCUUCACCUUGGGUCCGAUUCUUAAUUACACAGAAAGACCAUGGAACCAAAAUGGUGGUUGUUUAUGGUUUUGCUACUCCUUGGAACAGUGGUUCAGGCACAUGAUGGACAUGAUGAAGAUGACGAUGAUGAUGAUGAUGAUGAUGAUGUGAUUGAUGUAGAAGAAGACCUGGAAGAUGGCAUUGAAAUAGAAGACUCAAAGCCUGGAGAUGGUGCCACUCUUCCACCUCCAUCACCAAAGGUUACCUACAAAGCCCCAGUUCCAACAGGGGAGGUUUACUUUGUGGAUGCCUUUGACAAGGGAAUGCUGGUCGGAUGGGUUUUAUCCAAAGCCAAGAAGGAUGAUACUGAUGAUGAGAUUGCCAAAUAUGAUGGUAAAUGGGAAGUGGAAGAAAUGAAGGAAUCUAAACUUCCAGGAGAUAAAGGGCUUGUAUUGCUAUCACGAGCCAAACAUCAUGCCAUCUCUGCGAGGCUGAGCAAGCCCUUUAUAUUUGACACUAAGCCCCUCAUCGUUCAGUAUGAGGUGAAUUUCCAAAAUGGAAUAGAAUGUGGUGGUGCCUAUGUGAAGCUGCUUUCAAGAACCCCAGAAUUGAAUCUGGAUCAGUUCCACGACAAGACCCCUUACACAAUUAUGUUUGGUCCAGAUAAAUGUGGAGAGGACUAUAAACUGCAUUUCAUCUUCCGGCAUAAAAACCCAAAGUCGGGCAUCUAUGAGGAGAAGCAUGCUAAAAGACCAGACACAGAUCUGAAGACCUACUUUACUGAUAAGAAAACACAUCUGUAUACAUUAGUCUUGAAUCCGGAUAAUAGCUUUGAAAUAUUAGUUGAUCAAACAGUUGUGAAUAGUGGGAACCUGCUGAAUGAUAUGACCCCUCCUGUGAAUCCUCCUCGGGAAAUUGAGGACCCAAAUGACCAGAAGCCUGAGGACUGGGAUGAGAGGCCCAAGAUACCAGAUCCUGAUGCUGUCAAACCAGAUGACUGGGAUGAGUCUGCUCCUGCUAAGAUUCCAGAUGAGGAUGCUACAAAACCUGAAGGCUGGUUGGAUGAUGAGCCUGAAUAUGUAUCUGACCCAGAUGCAGAGAAGCCCGAGGACUGGGAUGAAGAUAUGGAUGGAGAGUGGGAAGCUCCCCAAAUUGCAAACCCAAAAUGUGAGUCAGCUCCUGGUUGUGGUGUCUGGCAAAGACCUACCAUCGACAAUCCCAAUUACAAGGGCAAAUGGAAAGCACCUAUGAUCGACAAUCCUAACUACCAGGGAAUCUGGAAACCCAGGAAGAUUCCAAAUCCAGAUUUCUUUGAAGAUCUAGAGCCUUUCAAAAUGACUCCUUUCAGUGCUGUGGGCCUGGAGCUAUGGUCCAUGACCUCCGACAUCUUUUUUGACAACUUUAUUAUUUGUGCAGACCGAGGAGUUGCAGAUGAUUGGGCCAAUGAUGGAUGGGGUCUGAAGAAAGCUGCUGAUGGGGCUGCAGAGCCUGGCGUCAUGGGGCAAAUGCUUGAAGCAGCUGAGGAACGUCCAUGGCUUUGGGUGGUCUAUAUCCUUACUGUGGCCUUGCCGUUGUUCCUUGUGAUCCUCUUCUGCUGUUCUGGAAAGAAACAGCCCAAUGCUGCAGAGUAUAAGAAGACUGAUGCUCCUCAACCAGAUGUGAAGGAAGAGGAGGAGGAGGAGGAGAAAGAGGAGGAAAAGGAGAAGAGAGAUGAAGAAGAAGAAACUGAAGAGAAGAUUGAAGAGAAGCAAAAAAGUGAUGCUGAAGAGGAUGCAGGUACUGUUAGUCAAGAGGAUGAAGAUAGAAAACCUAAAGCAGAGGAAGAUGAAGUUUUGAACAGAUCACCCAGAAACAGAAAGCCACGAAGAGAUUGAAAGAAUUUAAGAACUUGAUCUGUGAUUCCCUUUUUCCCCUACCCUCGAUGUGAUCCUAGGAGAGGACCUGGGAUACACCUUAUAUGUUGAAACCCAGAAAAACCUCAAGACUUCACUAUCAACAGAUUCCAGUCAACUACUAUCCAAUGAAAAUUUGAGCAUCUAGCAGUAAUUAAUUGAAAUUGUGAUAAAAAAGAACACCAUUCCUGUAGAAAGAAAGCAUUUAAUGUAUGGGCUAUGGAUUCUGGAUGUAACAUGAAGCAACUAACCUGUUGGGUGGUUUGGUUUGUUGUGUUUUUUUUUUUUUUUUUGGUUUGUUUUGUUUUGGUUUUAAAACACUUUUAAAAAAUAGAAUGUUAGAGUAUUGCCAAUCUUCAAGAGCCUUGGCUUAAUUUAAUGUAUUAAUCUAUCCUUGGAAAAAUAACAGCAAAGUUUAGAAAAUGCUAGGUGAUAAAUUGCAGUUUUUAUAACAUAGUUUUUUUUUUAUAAACUUCGAUAUUCCAAAACAUUGAAGUGUCUAUGUCCCUUAAAAUUGAUAAUCAUGUUUAAAGUGAAGUCAUUUGUGUGGAUAACAUUAAUUUCUCUCUCCCACUCUUUCAUUCUACCUCUUCUGGAGAUUUGAGAUUGGGGGAGAAUUUCCAGACCAUAAUAGAUACUGUUUGAUUAAGCUGUAUUAAAGCAGAGCCACAAGAAAGGCCCUUCUUUUUCCACUCUGUGUUGGAAGGAGCAUGAUCAGGCCACAAUAUGUGUGUUGUGUUGCCUUUGGUUACUGCUAAGUUCCCAGUAUUCCAUAGUUGGCACUGAGAAUAAAUAGGUGGGGAGACUUACCAUUGGUACUUAGGCAUUCAGGCUUCCCAGGCUGGUUGUCUGGGCUCUCACCUUUUGUGGUUUCUCUAGACUUUGAGCACUACUCAUUGGGGCUGUUGGGGUGUGCGAGUGUGUAUGUGUGGGCUUUUAACAAUUUCUCCUUCCACUCUUGAUAUUGUUUCCCGUAUCCCAGGCUUUUCCCUGCUGCUAUGCAGUUUCUUCAGAGUGCAGCUUGCCCUCCAUUGCUGGAAAUGAUUAUAUGCUCAGCACAGUGUUAAACUUGAGUGAUUAUAUAAUACAAAUACAUAUAGGGUUUAAAGAGAAAAGAAGACUCCAGUGUCUGCAGUGUCCAAGUACGGAGCAGAGCAUAGUCAGUCCCUCAUGUUUCUGUUUAUGUCUUUAGAGAUUGUAGUGGUCAGAACAGACAAGCUGAUUCAGAUUUGAUUUCAGACUAAAUGCAGUUGUUAAAAAAGGAUUUGGCUAGAGGAGGGGGUUGUUGGGGACUUGUAGCACGAGCCGCCUGGUAUACAUAACCGUUGAGUUUUUUCAAAUCUUUAUUUGUUCUUCAUACAACAAUUGCAUCUUAAAGCACACUGAAUGUAGGGGGUUCCAAUUCAAACAAAAAGUUUGCCAAGUUUGGCUUAGUAUACUACUGGUCUUUUCUUGGGGGUGGGGGGGAGGAAUUAAAAUGCAGGUGAGGGUUAUCUGAGCAUUUACUCCAGAGAGUUAGUGCUUUGUAAUGAUGUCCACUCUACUGAAAUACGUUGGGGGCUGGAUGCUGAUAUUUUAGCUCUACUUGUUUAGAAUAGCUUGAAAUGUACUGACUCACUGUCCUUGCACUGAAUAGGUAGACACUCCACAGUGUUCUUAUUGGGAACAGCAGGAGGUGACUGGAGAAUUCUCAAAAGGAAUGGUGGUGUCAGUUUAUUUGGUAGACUACUCCAUGACUGGCACCUUUUUUUUAAAGGUGGAAGAGUAGAGAAUAUUUCUUCUGCCUGUUCAAUGCUAUCUCGUGUUAUCUUGCUAGGUCAAAGCGGCCAUAAAUGUAGCAAUGAAGUCCAGUACAAAUAAACCUUUGUUUAGUAAGGGCCUGAAAGCAUGUUUACAGGUGUCUACUUGAAGCAAAAGUAUGGGACCAUGGCACUUGCAACUGUACCUUCAGAACAUAUGUGCCUCUCGUUGAGUUUGGCCAUUUUCUUCUGCCUGGGCUAUGGAAACUUAAGCUGACCCUGCACUAUUUUGAUUCUUUACAAUGGGCAUCUUCGUGCACCCUACACAACCAGGAAGUUUUCAGGACUUGUCCCAUAGACUCCCUAUUACUUAACACAAGUGUUUUAUAAACAGUGGCUCUUCCUGGCUCACUCUCCUUUCCUAGAGUAAGGUGAGGCCUCCUCCUUCAGUAUCUGACAGCUUUGUCGUGGAUGACCAGCAGCACUUUGCACAGCAGCUCAACAAGAGGCAACAAUGUUUAGUUAUUUUACACUCCAGUUGUCUGAUUCAUUAAUGUGCAAAUUCCUGUCCAACAGAUGUGCUCCUCAGUUUCUCCCAUUCACAGAAAAAGUGCUAUUCUUUUCCAUUUGUCAAGCUACUAAAUGGUGUUGCAUUAAAGCUACAUGUUAAUCUCUUCUGCUUUUGACUAAGCUUCUUUACCUUUAUUAUGCAUGUUUUCCCCUUUAGUGUGCACCACUUUGAUUUUUGAGGGGAAAAGGGUGUUUAAGGUCAUUCUUCCCUUUAAUUUCCAACACAUUGUGGGAAAGUUAAUAUAGAUCUUGACUCAACAGAGUAUUAGGAACUGUCUUAGGAAAGUUUUGAUUUUUAUAUAAUUGGAAUUUGGGUUCAGGAAAGGAAACUGGGAGCCUGAACAGCAAAACAAAGAAAAACAUGCUUGUUUGAUCUUGUUGGUUAGAUCAUAGAAUGCAAAGUAUUUUCAGAUGUUAAUUUGUAUGUAGGUGGUAAGGACUGGGGGGGGCCAAUGAUGAUAUUUCUCAAAAAGUAACUUUGUUACUCCAUACCAGAUAGACUCCAGUUUUAUUUUCUGAUACUAGGAGUACUACUGAAAACUAUGCCAAAAGGAAGCUUUUCUAUGAAUGGAGGGAUUUUUUUUUAUGUUGCUGUACUAAGGGGGGGUGUGCAUAUAGAUGCAGCAAAAUUGAUUCUCAUUACUGGCUCACAUUUGGUUUUAUCUUUAAGUGAAGGAAAUGGUGAACAUUUCCAACAAAUUAAUAGGAAAUGUGCCCUGAGACGUAUGGUGACUUUAAGGAAAAGAUCCGUUAACGAGAUGGUGUCAGUGAUAAAGGUGGUGGUGGUGCAGCAUGUGUUCUUUCCUGUGCCUCCACUUAGGGCAGUAAACAGGGUGCUCUUAGCCAGUGACUUUAUUUGUUUGACUUGAUUUGGGCCCAUACAGUCUCAAGCCAGUAUUGCCUCCAUAAGUCCUUGAGAGCAGUUUCCUUGUAUUGCUAAAAAGGAACUGUUGUCUCAGCAACCACUCCCGUGUCUGUUGUGGAAGGAUAAUUAUAGAUGCAAUAUGCAUAUAUAAAUAUAUUGGCUAAGUUAUAAUGUAACAGUUUACUCUAAUAAAGAAAAUUAAAAUCUA